UACCGGAAGUGAUCUUCUCUAGUUAUUUUGAAGUCCGCCCAGGAGAUGAUAACAGUUGGAAAGGGCUAUUCCUGUAUUAAUUUUGUUAUUGCAGCGACACCGUUUUUGUAUACUGACUCGGGCGACAACUUUUGACCGACCAGCGGCUAGCAUUGUCAGACGCUGGGAUCGUUUUACAGUAACAUAUAGUUAGCAUUACUUGGAGUUGACAUUAACCUGCUAUUGUUUUAGAGUUUUUUGCUGUGUUGCAUCUUUCUUUAAGUCAUGUAUUAGUGAAUUGUAACGUUACUCAGGUGACUCUAAACUAAGACUCGAGGACCGAACAUUUUGUCGAAGUUUAAUUGUCGCAGUAUUUUAGAUUUGAAAACACAUAUCCAGCAAUAUAAAAUAGGCGGGUGUUAGUUUAAAGUACUGGUUGUCUUACAUGAAUUAGUAGUACAUUUGUUGUACAUGAGUCAGUGGUCUUGUUUUCAGGAGGGAAAGGGUGAUGUCUGAGGUCAGGGUUAAUCUCAAUGAACCAGAGGGAAGGACUCACGGUGACCAGGAUGGGCCGUCUCCUGACCCUGUGAAAUCUCCAAGUACUGAAGCUUCCAGCUCAGACCUACAGGGUCUUCUAACUGAUGGUCCCCAAACCUCAGCAGAUGACAGUCCCUCACCUUCUGCUGAGACAAGUGGCUUGUUGUCAUUACCAUGGGAGAUGGUAACCCACAUAGCCUCACACCUUCCUGCUCAGUGUGUCAUCACUGUGCUGCCAAAGGUUUGCCAUGCCUUGGGUAAUGUGGGUAAGGACAACAGUGCUUGGCAGCUCCGGGCACGCAGACUAACAGGGUCUCAAGCAGACUUUCCAGUGGGGCCAAGAGAGGACUUUGACUGGCCUUCAGCUUGCCUGGAAAUGGAGCAACUGAUAACCUGCUGGACAGGCCAGGGGCACCUUGUGGUCAGACAGACCCAAGAGGAUGAGGAGGAAAGGGGGCAACAGCAAAGGCAUGAUGGGGAGCCAGAUGCUGAAAUACAGGCAGAUGGAAGAGAGGUGGAAGGGGUGGGAGUGGUGGCACAGGAGGUUGCAUAUGGUGUUGAAGGGAUGGAGGUGGCUAUGGAAGGUGAGGAUGGUGAAAUGCAACCGAUUGUAGGUGUGGACCAACUGGCGAGAUUGAGAGAAGCGUUGGAAGAGAGAUUGGAGGACGAUGCAGCAGCACUAAUGGAGGAAGAAAGGCAUCACAGGAUGGUGUUUGAUGCCAAUGAGGGGCAAGAUGGUGCUCUUAAUCACCAAGAACAUUUGGCAAACCCCAGGAAUGUGGGUAACGGAAGACAGGUAGAGAUGGAGCAACAUCAACCCCAGAGAAGUCCUAGCCCACCCCCAGCUCUGGAGCGCAUCACCCUACCUUUAGACCACAUCGCCCAGGUCAACACAGUCCUGCUUGUCGGGGGAGAGGGGACAGUUUGCGCCACAGGCUCCAGAGACAGGGAAGUUAAACUUUGGGAUCUACAGCCUGGCUCUGGUGGCACGCUGCUGCACACGCUGGGAGAGCAGGGUGGCUUCGGCACGCAUCAGGGCUGGGUCUGGUGCCUGGCAUCUCAGGGACCUCAGCUUGCCUCAGGGGGCUUUGACAGCGUGGUGAAGCUAUGGGACCUCCACGCAGGAGGAGCAGAGAGGGGCCAGAUCAGAGCUGGGGCUGCUGUUCUCUGCUUGUCCUAUCAGUCAGAUGUAUUGCUGGCUGGUACAUUUGACAAGAGGGUCAAUAUGUAUGACACCAGAGCUGCUGAGCCCUUGGUGAAAAGCCUCCGUCUCCAUGGUAGAUCUGUAAUAUGCCUAGCGGCAGAUGAUGAGUACAUCAUCUCUGGGAGUGAAGACUGCACUGUGGCUGUCUACGACCGCAGGGCAGGAAAAAGCCUGAAGAAACUUCGGCUGAAAUCUUUCCUGCGGUCAAUGAGCUACAGUGGCUGUGAAGUAUGGGCAGGAGACCACAGUGGCAUGCUGCACUCAUUUUCCAUGCAGGCCGGCACCUUUAAACCCCUGUCCCAGUUUGAUGUGGGACACACAGCUCUGAUCACUGGAAUCCACAGGUCCACUGGAAGCUUGUACACCUGUUCAUCUGAUCGUACUGUGAAGGUACAUAUCCCUUGUGCUCCUCCAAGAACAUUAUGCACACUGCAUUACCAACAAGGACUCAAUGCGCUGAGUGUGGAGGCUGGAAUUCUUGCUGUAGCCACAGGGGAUGUCUCUGUGGAAAUCUGGAGGCCAAGAAAAUAAAAAAGCAACACUUGUGGCGAGACCUGAAGACCGCUGACAGCGGGCUGAUCUUUAAGCAUACAUAGAGUAAACGGUAACAAGUACAUAAUGUUAAUAAAACUUCAGUUGUGUUGGUUCAGCCAAAAGCUAUCAACAUUUUUUUUUGUUCGAUCUUGUUAAGAGAUUUUUGUACAAACAAAAAACACAUUUGAACACAUGAAAUGUUUAUUUAUGUUUGUCCCAUGCACUUGGUUAGCAUUUUUAUUUUGCCAGUCCUCAAAGUUUUCAAAUACACUAUGCAGAAAGAAGUUCAUCUCUCCUCUUUUAGUUGUUGUAUGUUCAAACAAGCCUAUAGUAUCUACAUGUUCACAAAGUGACUGAAUCCGUUAAAGUAACUGACAUUGUAUAAAAUUUGUUACUUGUCAUUUACAAGAAGGACUAUUAAAUGGCUUGAAAAUCUAA